AGUCGUCCCCCCCCCACUCUCACACACAGCCUCUCAGCCUCCCUGACAUCCACACACAGCGAGAAGUGAUGCAGCGCGACUGAGACGCGCAGUUGAGGUGGAACAACGGGCAACACACAAAAAAAGGCUGCAGCGAACGGAUACACUCUGCACCCGACGCUGCGCCUGGGGAGGAACCAACACAAAAACAAACUGCCUUCCUAGAAUAAAACUUCAUUAUAAGGUGCUGUUUGCCGCCCUGCGAGAGUCUGAGGAGCCCCCUUCCUGCUUCAGUAGAUUACAGCAUGUGGACUGAUCCAAUACUCUGACCAGAAACCAGCGGACUGAGACGACCGAGGGAGGCGGAGAAGACGGGCGGGUGUGCGGCGGUGGUGUGGCCAUGGAUGGAAGGAAAGUUUGUGUGUUGAUGGUGCUGUGGGUUAUAGCGCACCUUAGCUCACCGGGGUUUGGGCUCAGGGCCUUGAGGAGGACUACAGGGGGGCGGAAGGGAUCCACGGGGCUUACAGGAGAGGACGCCAAUGGAGUGCCGCUCAGACGCUCCAAACGAGGCUGGAUGUGGAACCAGUUCUUUUUGUUGGAGGAGUACAUGGGGACGGACAUGCAGUACGUUGGAAAGCUUCACUCAGAUUCAGAUCGGGGAGACGGGAGCUCGCGGUACGUCCUCACAGGGGAGGGAGCGGGGACCCUGUUUAAGAUAGACGAGAAAUCCGGAGACAUUCACGCCACCAAGAGGCUGGACAGAGAGGAGAAGGCCUACUACAUCCUGCACGCCAAAGCUGUCAACCGCUUCACCAACGAGGCGCUGGAGGGCGAAUCAGAGUUCAUCAUCAAGAUCCACGACAUCAACGACAACGAGCCCAGAUUCACCAAGGACCCGUACUAUGCCAGAGUCCCUGAAAUGUCAGAUAUUGGCACUUCAGUAAUUCAGGUGACAGCCACAGACGCAGACGACUCCACGUACGGGAACAGCGCCAGGGUGGUGUACAGCAUCCUGGAGGGGCAGCCGUACUUCUCCGUGGACCCGGAGACAGGCCUCAUAAAGACCGCCCUGCCCGGCAUGGACCGAGAAGUCAAAGAGAACUACCAGGUCGUGAUCCAGGCCAAAGACAUGGCCGGACAGAUGGGCGGACUCUCGGGAACCACCACCGUCAGCAUCACGCUCUCCGACGUCAACGACAACCCGCCGCGCUUCACUAAGACGCUCUACGAGUUCAGAGUGCCCGAGUCCACGGAGCUCGGGGCGCCGGUGGGAGUGAUCCGGGCCAUGGACAACGACAUCGGGGAGAACGCAGAGAUGGACUACAGGAUCAUCAGGAGCGACGGCCCCGGCAUGUUUGACAUCGGCACCAACAGAAGCACGCAGGAGGGCGUCAUCGUGCUGAGGAAGCCGCUGGACUUCGAGAGGAAGCGUCAGUACAGCCUGAGCGUCCAGGUGGAGAACGUCCACAUCAACCCACGCUUCUUCUCAGUGGGACCGUUCAGAGACGAGGCCACCAUCAAGAUCAUCGUGGAGGACGUGGACGAGCCGCCAGUGUUCGAGCGAGCCAGCUACGUCAUGGAGGUGAAGGAGGACGCGGCGAGGAACACCAUCGUGGGAUCGGUUAGCGCGUCGGAUCCUGACGACAAAAACAGCCUUGUGAGGUACAGCAUCGAUCGGCGCACGGACAUGGACAGAGUGUUCAACAUCCAUGCAGGCAACGGGUCAGUGUUCAUCCUCCGGGAGCUGGACAGAGAAGAGAACCCGUGGCACAACAUCUCCGUCAUCGCUACAGAGUUCAAUAACCCCCGACAGAUCAGCCGUGUGCCCGUCUACAUCAGAGUGCUGGAUGUCAACGACAACGCUCCCACGUUCGCCACCAAUUACGAGACGUUUGUGUGCGAGAACGCUAAAGCUAAUCAGAGGAUACAAACUAUAAGCGCCACGGAUCCUGAUGAGCCUCUGGCGGGGCACAGAUUCUUCUUCAGCCUGGCUCAGGAGGCGGCUGGGAAGGCCAACUUCUCUGUCCGUGAUAACAAAGACAACACCGCCUGGAUCCUGACGCGCAGGAACAGCUACAACAGCCUGCAGAAGAGCAUCUACCACGUCCCGGUGGUGAUCUCGGACGGCGACUUCCCCAUGCAGAGCAGCACCAACACGCUCACCAUCCGAGUGUGCACGUGCGACCGCGAGGGGAACAUGAAGCUGUGCAACGCCGAGGCCUUCACGGCGAGGGCGGGGCUCAGCACGGGGGCCCUGGUGGCCAUUUUGCUUUGUGUCAUCAUUCUGCUCAUGAUCGUGGUGCUGUUCGCUGCCCUGAGGAGACAGAGGAAGAAGGAGCCUCUGAUCAUCUCCAAAGAGGACGUGAGAGACAACGUCGUCAGCUACAACGAUGAAGGAGGCGGAGAGGAGGACACGCAGGCCUUUGAUAUCGGCACGCUGCGCAACCCGGAGGCCAUCGAGGAGAGUAAGCAGCGGAGAGACAUCGUCCCAGAGACCUUCUACCCUCCAAUUCGGCGUCCAGUUGUCCCCCCGACCCGGGACAAUAACGGGGACGUGAGAGACUUUAUCAACCAGAGGCUCCAGGACAACGACAGCGACCCGACGGCGCCGCCUUACGACUCCCUUGCCACCUACGCCUACGAGGGGAACGGCUCAGUCGCGGAGUCCCUCAGCUCGCUGGAGUCGGUGACCACCGAGGGCGACCAGGACUACAACUACCUGAGCGAGUGGGGGCCGCGCUUUAAAAAACUGGCCGACAUGUACGGCGGCGACGACAGCGACAGGGAUUCCUAACGAGAGCCUGGCACACGGUCGAGGAAAGAUAUUCUGAAAUGUUGAAAAAAAACUUCCAGGGGGGCAAUUCUGGCAAAGGAAAAGGCAAAAUGGCGAAAAAGGACCCAGAAAGGAGCGCUGAGCUCUUUCCACCGCCAUCGAUCACCGUUCAGUUUGUCCCUCCAGGUGACCAGACGUAGGCUUUGUGUGUCCAGUCAGUGUUAGUUGCGUUUUUGCGAGGGUGCAGUAAAAACAGACUCUGUGUCAAGACUUUUUUUUUUCGUGUGUAUAUGGGUGAACGUGACGCCCGAUUAUAUCUAAAACCGACAUUUUCUUUUCGUUCCUUUUUUUCCAAAGCUGCGUGCGACGGACACUUUCAACAAGCAGUUUUGUAAAACCAACAGAUAUGCCUAUGUAUUUUUCAGUGUUUCUGGGACAAAAAAACAUGCUGCAUAUUGUGAGUUCUAUCUUAGCUUGUGUAUGUAUGGUAAUAUGAAACAUUACGCUGUACAGUUGUUUGGUUUUUACAAGGAUUUCUAUAUCGUCCAAAACGAUCCCCUUCUCUCAGCAAUGGCUGCCUCACGUUAGCGCCGGCCUGAAGUGCUUCAAAUAAGAACCACUGAUUGGUUGACAUUAAAAAAAAAACCUUUAGAGGCAUUUCCACUGCAGAGACCAGGAUCUUAACUUAAGUUCCAGGGGACACUAAAAAAAAAAGUCCCUGCUUGAGGACUUUUUGGGGGUGUGGCUUUCAGCGCCAACUCAUCUCUGAUUGGUUGAGCAUUAGCAGCAUUUGAAUUUGAAUUCCACCAGGUCCGUGUCCGGUCCGUCUCUGAUCCGUCACGGCACCAGAUCUGAUAGGUUUCUAUUCUAGUCAAUGUGUUAACUUCCACUGGAUCCACUCCGUUGCGCUCCUGCUGCGUCUCUGAUCCGGCAGGUCGGAACGCAACGGAUCAGAUACGCAAGACUUCGACGCAUCAAUCUCAACAGAGCAGGUGGAGCGGGACAGGAAGUCAGGCACCAAAACAAAAUGAAAACCGGGUUGAUUUUCAGAAUAAAACACUCCAUUGUAAUUUCAAGCGGAGCCAGACCUGGAGUCAACAGGUCAGAGGUUUUCAGAGGACCAGAAAGACAACAUGGACGAGGAGAGGAGGAGGAGGAGAAUCCUCGAUUCAGUGAUUGCCGUGGGAAAACCUCGGUCACAUGACUCCAGCUGUCCGGUAGUCCUGCUCCGUGCUGUGAUCUGAAACCGCAACAGGUGGGUGUUGACGGACGAGAGAACACAGAGCCGGACUGUAGUGGAUCAGAGACGGACCCGGAUCCGGAUCUGGUGGAAGUCCAGUGUUAGUGUUGGCGCAAUAAAGACGUGUGAAAACAUCAUACUCUAGUGGACUAAUUUACAUAAAGCAGUCAGAAACAGUUCCUUGCAGAGUAGUUCCUGGGACUACAGAUUCGAGGUGCGUUCGGUGGAAAUGCGACUUUUACUUGGUGGUGAAGGAAUGUGGAUUUUAAAGCCACAAUAAAAACGUCUCUAUGUCUUUUUCUUUUUGUACCUGACUUUUCAUCUCCACACAGCUUUGGAGCGUUCGCUGUGACGUGAGCCGAAAUACCAAAUAUUUCUUUAUUGAGCUGAAUGUCUUCAGAAACGAUUUCUCUGGGCUGAGAAAUGAACUCCACGGGACGGUGUUAUUUUCUACCUUACAUUGAUAAAAAUCACCAAUCUUACAUGCAGCCGGCUCUGUUAGAGGAAAGCACUGGUCCUGCUGGGAGUCUAUAGAAAUGUGUAAAAGUGUCACUCUGUGCAGAAGUCAAAGUCACUGCAGCUUCUCCUGCUGCUGCUGCUGCUGCUGAAAAAAUACCACCCAGCUUGAAAGUAUGGCAUCUAAUAAGAUUAAAUGGUGGGUUGCUAUUAAAAUUCAUUAUGCAGUUUUAUUUUCUUACCCUUAAUGGUUCAUUUAAUUUGUUCGGGUGAUUAAGGAUUACAAGAGAGUCGAAUUUGAAUCAAUGUAGUGAUUGGAAUUAGUGGGAAAAUUAUACGUGCUUACAUUUAGACUAAGAGGGUAUCAAAGUCUAUGAUAUGAAUCUGAAUAGAUGAAAUUAUAGAAACACAUCAGCAGUAUGAGAAAGGAAGGCAGACUCCAUUUUUUUUAGGUUUUGAGGUUCUCACACAAGAAGAAAACUUAAUCUGAUGAUUGUUAAAAUUUACUUGUUGCAUAGUUUGUAAAAUGACACAAAAAUAAUUAAAUUGUCAAAUUUCCCAGCCUUAAGUGGGGUCAUUAAAUGCCUCAUUUUGUCAUAAUCUCGCAUUAUGACAAUGGCAGAGAGACUCCAUUUUUUUUUUACGAUUUGAAGUUCUCACACAAGAAGAAAAACUUAAUCUUGUGAUUGUUAAGUUAUACUUGUUGGAUAGUUUUUAAAAUGACAGAAAGUUGAUUAAAUCGUCAAAUUUCCCAGCCUUAAGUGGGGUCAUUAAAUGCCUCAUUUUGUCAGAGUAUGAGAAAGGCAGACAGACUCCAUUUUUCUUUAUGUUUUGAGGUUCACUCACAAUAAGAAAAACUUAAUCUGGUGAUUGUUAAAAUAAACUUGUCCUGUAGUUUGUAAAAUGGCAAAAAGUUGUUGAAAAUCUUCAAAUUUCCCAGCCUAAAGUGGGGUCAUUAAAUGCCUCAUUUGAUCGCAGUAUGAGAAAGGCGGGCAGAUUACAUUUUAUUUAGGUUUUGAGGUUCUUACAGAAGAAGAAAAACUUAAUCUGGUGAUUGUUAAAAUAUACUUGUUGGAUAGUUUUUAAAAUGACGGAAAGUUUAUUAAAUUGUCAAAUUUCCCAGCCUAAAGUGAGGUCAUUAAAUGCCUCAUUUUGAGGUUCUCACACAAGAAGAAAAACUUAAUCGGCUGAUUGUUACAACAUAUUAGUUGCAUAGUUUGCAAAAUGACAAAAAUUGAUGAAAAUCCUCAAUUUCCCAGCCUUAAGUUGGGUCAUUAAAUGCCUCAUUUUGCUGCAGUAUGAGAAAGGCAGACAGACUCCAUUUUUUUUAGGUUUUGAGGUCCUCACACAAUAAGUACAACUGAUUUUGCUGAUUGUUACGAUAUACUUGUUGUAUAAUGAAAAAAAAAUUGAUGAAAAUCCUAAAUUUCCCAGCCUUAAGUGGGGUCAUUAAAUGCCUCAUUUGGUCACAGUAUGAGAAAGGCAGACAGACCCUAAUUUUUUUUUUGAUUUUGAGGUUCACACACAAGAAGAAAAACUUAAUCAGCUGAUUGUUACAACAUAUUAGUUGCAUAGUUUGCAAAGUGACAAAAAUUUAUGAAAAUCCUCAAAUUCCCAGCCUUAAUUGGGGUCAUAAAAUGCCUCAUUUUGAGGUUCUCACACAAGAAGAAAAACUUAAUCUGCUGAUUGUUAGAAUUUAAUUGUGGUAUAGUUUGUCAAAUGACAAAAAAAAAAAAUGAAAAUCAUCAAAUUUCCCAGCCUUAAGUGGGGUCAUUAAAUGCCUCAUUUUGUCACAGUAUGAGAAAGGCCGUCAGACUCUGGGUUUUUUAACAUUUUGAGGUUCUCACAUAAAAAGUGCUUAAUCUGGUGGUUGUUAAAAUAAACUUGUUGUAUAGUUGAUUAAAUUGUAAAAUUUCCCAGCCUAAAGUGGGGUCAUUAAACGCCUCAUUUUGUCCGAAGUUAAAUCCCUCCAAAAAAUAUUCACGAACACAAUAAAAUACGGCGUUAACAAGCGACUACUCGACAUUUUCACGUGAAAAACCCACCAUAAGUCAAGUAAAUAUUGGAGAUUACUUUACAUUUCCUAUAUUUAAUCAAGUCAUCAUUAAAGCUCCACUUACAGUAUUAAGAAACAACUAAAUCUGCCCUUCUUGGACACGAUUCUGCACCCAGAGCUCUCCUCCCUGCACAGCUGAAUGUAAAGAAGUCAUAGAAAUGUGCCAAAAAGCAAAGGACAACCAGUGUUUUCCUCUAAAAGAAACCUCUCCUCUCUUCAUUCUGACCGCUGCCCUUCAUUACAUGUACUGUAUGUAGUGUUGAACAUAAAGCCAGUCUGAGUGUCGAGGCUUUAACCGCGCUGAUUUCCUGAGGGACGAGCAAGCUUUCUCCAUAAAGGAGGCUUAUCAAGGAGCACCUGACCUUUGAGUGUCGAGGAAUAAGGUUCUUAAACCCAGAGGUGUGUCCUCGGCUCAGAGAGAAGGUCAGAACAUCAUCCUGCACACACACACACGCACACACAAAAACACGAACACACACUUCAGAAAAACAAACACACACAAAAAAAAAAAAAGCAAUAUCGUCAAAUUACUUUUAAGACCUCCGAAAUAUGAAUAUUUCAAAAUAAGUGGGCUGGUUUGAAGUGUGAUAUCAACAGGAGGCUAAAACAAGCUGUGCCCUCACUUUAGCGAAAGGCCAACCUGUGAAGAGGCUGACAUUUAUCAGACAUUUGAAACAGUAAUAACAAAACACAACGGCAUAAUUGCUACUUUUUCCCUUCUGCUCUGAAGCAGCCGUGAUGCAGCACAUUAAACAAUCCAAUUGAUAAAAAGAAAAAACACACAAUGGUUGGAGAAUUCUUUAUGCUCGCUGAUUGUACACACGUUGCCCUCCUUGUUUUGUUUAUUAGCUUGUUGCUGGAGCUCCCAUUGUGAGAGUGGUCCGCUUCCAGACUGCGGCAGUGUUGCAGUGAUAAGCAUUUAAUGGGUUUAGAAACCCCUUCACUCGCUUUUCUGCCUGGAGGUACGACGUGAAGUCUCAAAUGGAAAUCGACGUGACAGCUGCACUUGCAAAAAAAAAUAAUAUAUAUAUAUAUAAAAGCAAAGCAUCUCUUCCUCCGGUCUUCACUAUUUUUCUGUCUUCAUGCAAAGUGUCAGCGUAUCGCCAUUACAGAGACGUGCUUGUGUUUUCCUAUGGAGAGUGUAAUUGCCUCUAAGCAUUGGCGCCAUGCUCGGCGAAGAUAACAGGAGAAUGUUGCACAUUGUAGCGUACGGCAACGCCACAUCUACGACAGCGAGCGGGGGGGGGGUUGGGGUUCUUUUCUUUCUUAUAAGUUGCAGCAACUUCACUGGUGACGCUGACGUCCUCUUCUCUCCACAUACGAUAGAUCCGUGGUUGUUGGUGUGUAGAAAAACGGUCGGCCCCGGGGCUCGCCUCUACUUCUGUUGGUGACAAUGUGAUUGAGCAGUGGAGUUUUUUUUUUGUCGAUGUAGAAACAGUCCGAGAGGUCGUGGUAGUGUUAAAGGGGGGCCCUGAAUCAUCGGCCAUUCAUCAACCUGCUUUGUAAAACGUGAUAUUUUGUACUGAAUAUUUAUAUGACACGAUUAAAUAUCUUUAAAAUCUGA